GCACAUGCCAGAUGAACAUUAAUUAAUUUACAAGCUCACAUAUACUACAAUGCAGGGUUUUAAAUGGGAUGUCAUAUAUUAUGAGUGCAAUGGGUAAUUAAAUAUGAGCUAAAAUAUAUGUUAUCACAAUGAGUACAUACUAUAAAUAAUAACAAUUACAUAUCUGACAGCUCAAGUGGCAGCACCCAUGACUCAGGUGUGAGGCCCACACCUCUUGACUUCUGAUGGGUGAUGAAAUACCUCACCGAAUGCAACACACUGGGAACUAUGCGGUCCCAAGCAUAGUGGGUCACACGGAAUGAUGCAGUAACUUAGGAAAAACCCAAUACGUAGUCUGAGAAGGAGAAGUCAGCCGAGAUCAACGCACAUGACAGUAGUUUGUAAACAAUAGACGGAAGGACCUACGAACAUCGCUUUAUUUGAACUCUGCGGGCCUUGUUUGUACUUUCGCCGCUAGGCGGCACUAGUGGCGUGACUAGCGUCUACCCGCGGCCCGCCUUCCCUGAACACAGACAUCAGCCAAGCCGCAUGGGCAACAGUCUUUGAUUUUCAACUUUUGCUGGUGGUUCAUCACAUCAACUUAUAUCACCAUGCCUCCCAAACGACCUGCUGCUCCCUCUGGAUCUACACCUAAGAGGGCAAGACGAGUGCUGACGCUGAAUGAAGUGCUGAAACAACUCGACAGCGGUAUGAGCUACGCAGCUGUUGGCCGCCACUUUGGGCUCAACGAAUCCAGUCUGCGUGGAAUUAAACGACGUGCAAAGGAUCUGAAGCACGCUUUAGCUUCAAGUGCACCAGUGACAUCAAAAGUGACAAGCCAUGUGCGUGAUGAUGCCCUCAUUAAAAUGGAAAAAGCACUGAACAUUUGGAUAGAGGACCUAAACCGCCGCCGCAUACCACUUGACUCGAAAUUUAUUAGGCAGAAAGCUAAGGAACUUUAUGAUAAGUUUUCUAAAGGUGAUGAUCAUGGUGUUGGUGAUGGUGAUGAUCAGGGUGAUGGUGAUAAUCAGGGUGAUGGUGAUAAUCAGGGUGAUGGUGACAAUUUGAAAAAAUUUGCAGCUAGCAAAGGAUGGUUCGAGAAAUUCAGACAUAGUUAUGGGCUGCAUAAUAUAAAAGUGACUGGCGAAGCAGCAUCAGCAGACACUGUGGCAGGGGAAGCAUACCCUGCAGAGUUUGCUAACCACAUAGAACAAAAGGGUUAUAGGCCGGAACAAGUUUUUAAUGCUGAUGAGUCAGGCCUAUGGUGGAAGAAGAUGCCACGCCGAACCUACAUCUCUAAAGAGGAAAAAAGUGCCCCUGGAUUUAAAGUUGCGAAGGACCGAGUGACAGUGAUGCUAUGUGGGAAUGCGGCAGGGCAUAUGAUUAAGCCCAUGUUGUUAUACACUGCCGCACGACCUCGGGCUCUCAAAAAUAAAAACAUGAACUUGCUACCAGUUUUCUACAGGAACAACAAGAAAGCGUAGAUGACAUCUGAUUUGUGCGUGGAUUGGCUGAAAAACUGCUUUGCUAGAGAGGUGAAAGAUUAUCUGGAUGAACUUGGCAUGGAGUUCAAAGUGGUAUUAUAUCUAGAUAAUUGCCCUGGCCACUCUGAAGAACUCAAGACUGCCCACCCCAACAUUGAGGUGGUUUUCCUGCCAAAAAACACCACCUCCAUCAUCCAGCCAAUGGACCAGGGAGUCAUUGUCGUGUUUAAGGCUAAAUAUGCAGAGAAGACUUUCAGCAUGAUUCGUGAGUGCCUUGAUAAGGAUGCUGAUGUGACACCCAGAG